CCAUCCGCCAUGUUGGAUGCCGCAGAUUCGCCAUAACCUCGCCUGCUCUUUUCUUAAAAAAAUAAAAAUAAAAAGCGAAGCGCCAGCGGGGCGCCCCGCCUUCUCGGUCGUUACAGGAGGGGUCCUGGAAGAGCCGAGGCUUUUUUUUCCUCCGCGGUGGGGGCGUUGCCAUGGAGACGCAGGCGGCAGAAAGCACGGCCAUCUUCAUGUGCAAAUGCUGUAAUCUCUUCUCGCCAAAUCAGUCGGAGCUCCUCUCCCAUGUGUCUGAGAAACACGGGGAUGAAGGGGUCCGUGUGGAUGAUAUCAUCAUUCCCCUUAGGCCCCUGAGUACUCCAGAUGCUCCCAACCCAAGCAAGACUGGAGAUGAGUUUUUGGUCAUGAAGAGGAAGAGAGGCAGGCCUAAGGGGUCCACGAAGAAGCCCAGUGCUGAAGAGGAGCUGGUGGAAAACUUUGUGAACCCUAGCGACGAGGGUCCACUGGCUCCAGAGGAGGGGGCUGGCUUGACCCCGAGCAGCCUGGAGUGUGGCAAGUGCUGUCGGAAGUUCUCCAACACGCGCCAGCUGCGGAAGCACAUCUGCAUCAUUGUGCUGAAUUUGGGUGAGGAGGAAGGAGAAGCAGGUAAUGAGUCGGAUAUUGAACUAGAAAAGAAGUAUAAAGACGAUGAUCGAGAAAAGGGCCCGAAAAGACCUCGGGCGCAGAAAACAGAGAAGGUCCAGAAGAUCUCAGGAAAGGAGGCGGGACAGCUUUCUGGAGCCAAGAAACCCAUCAUCAGUGUGGUUCUAACUGCUCACGAAGCCAUUCCAGGUGCUACCAAGAUCAUUCCAGUGGAGGCGGGGCCUCCCGAAACAGGAGCAGCAAAUCCGGAUACCACUGCGGCAGAUCUGGUGCCUCGGAGAGGGUACCAGGAAUACGCCAUUCAGCAGACCCCCUACGAGCAACCCAUGAAGUCAAGCAGGCUAGGUCCCACCCAGCUGAAAAUCUUCACUUGUGAGUACUGCAACAAGGUCUUCAAGUUCAAGCACUCAUUACAGGCCCACCUGAGGAUCCACACCAACGAGAAGCCGUACAAGUGCCCCCAGUGCAGCUAUGCCAGCGCCAUCAAGGCCAACCUCAACGUGCACCUGCGCAAGCACACCGGGGAGAAGUUUGCCUGUGAUUACUGCUCUUUCACUUGCCUCAGCAAGGGCCACCUCAAGGUGCACAUCGAGCGGGUGCACAAGAAGAUCAAGCAGCACUGCCGUUUCUGCAAGAAGAAGUACUCCGAUGUCAAGAACCUCAUCAAGCACAUCCGGGACACACAUGAUCCACAGGACAAGAAGGUCAAGGAGGCCUUGGACGAGCUCCGCCUGAUGACCAGGGAAGGCAAGCGGCAGCUGCUGUAUGAUUGCCACAUCUGUGAGCGCAAAUUCAAGAACGAGCUGGACCGUGAUCGCCACAUGCUGGUCCAUGGUGACAAGUGGCCCUUUGCUUGUGAGCUCUGUGGCCAUGGGGCCACCAAGUACCAGGCUCUGGAGCUGCAUGUCAGGAAGCACCCCUUUGUGUACGUCUGUGCCAUCUGCCUCAAGAAGUUCGUCAGCUCCAUCAGGCUGCGCUCCCAUAUCAAAGAGGUGCACGGGCCAGCCCAGGAGGCCUUGGUUUUCACCAGCUCCAUCAACCAGAGUUUCUGCCUCCUGGAACCUGGGGGGGACAUCCAACAGGAAGCCUUGGCGGACCAGCUGCAGCUCGUGGAGGAGGAGUGUGUGUGCCAGGGGAUGGAUGUGCUCAAGGAGGAGACCUGUCCUGAGGCUGCUCAGCAGGACGAGGGGCAAAAGGAACUGGAAGUCCCUGUUCAAAUGCCUGACUCGGCUAUGCCCUUGGCCACCACUCAGGUGGAAAGUACUGCCCUGUCUCCCUGUGAACUGGAAACCACGGUGGUCACAUCAGAUUUGCAUUCUCUGGCUGUGGUUUCAGAUGAUUUUUUGUUGAAAAAUGAUGCCUCUUCUACUGAGGCUGCUGCUGCUGCUGCUGCUGCGGCUGCUGAGACAACUCUGGGUCCCCAGCAUGGAGGCUCAGCCCAGACUCAGGGGCAAGAAAUCACACUAUUGCUGCCCAAGGCCAAAAAUGUAGGACCCACUCAGGAGACCAAGAGUGCUGAGAGCCCACCAAGCGAGGGCCAGAAGGCAGCUGUACUUCCAGCCAGUGAACCAGAUCCUAGCAGAUGUCUCAGGUCAAACCCUGCUGAAGCUGCAGACCUCCUUCCUCAGGCGACCGAUAGUCGGGACAUCAUGUGUCGUCCUGACUCUUGCAAACCUGCCUCUGAGCACCGGCCUGGCAGCACUGCAUUCAUGAAGGUGUUGGACAGUUUGCAGAAGAAGCAAAUGAACACCGGCUUGUGUGAGAGGAUCCGGAAGGUUUAUGGAGACCUGGAGUGUGAAUAUUGUGGCAAACUUUUUUGGUACCAAGUGCAUUUUGACAUGCAUGUCCGCACCCACACCCGGGAACAUCUGUAUUAUUGCUCCCAGUGUCAUUAUUCUUCCAUCACCAAAAACUGCCUUAAACGCCAUGUAAUUCAGAAACACAGUAACAUCUUGCUGAAGUGUCCCACUGACGGCUGUGACUACUCGACUCCAGAUAAAUAUAAGCUACAGGCACAUCUUAAAGUUCACACAGAGCUGGACAAAAGGAGUUAUUCUUGUCCUGUGUGUGAAAAGUCUUUUUCAGAAGAUCGAUUGAUAAAGUCACACAUCAAGACCAACCAUCCUGAGGUCUCCAUGAACACCAUUUCCGAGGUUCUUGGGAGGAGGGUCCAGCUGAAGGGGCUCAUUGGAAAGAGAGCUAUGAAGUGCCCGUAUUGUGAUUUCUACUUCAUGAAGAACGGCUCAGACCUUCAGCGUCAUAUUUGGGCUCAUGAAGGUGUGAAGCCCUUCAAAUGUUCUUUGUGUGAGUAUGCAACUCGUAGCAAGAGCAACCUCAAGGCUCACAUGAAUCGGCACAGCACUGAGAAGACCCACCUGUGUGACAUGUGUGGCAAGAAAUUCAAAUCCAAAGGAACACUGAAGAGCCACAAGCUACUUCACACUGCUGAUGGGAAGCAGUUCAAGUGCACAGUGUGUGACUACACGGCAGCCCAGAAGCCUCAGCUGCUGCGGCACAUGGAGCAGCACGCCUCCUUCAAGCCUUUCCGCUGUGCUCACUGCCAUUACUCCUGCAACAUCUCUGGUUCGCUGAAGCGGCACUACAACAGGAAGCACCCCAACGAAGAGUACGCCAAUGCAGGCAGCGGGGAGCUGGCAGCAGAAGCACUCAUCCAGCAAGGUGGUUUGAAAUGCCCCGUGUGCAGCUUUGUGUAUGGCACCAAAUGGGAGUUCAACAGGCACUUGAAGAACAAACACGGCUUGAAGGUGGUGGAAAUUGAUGGAGACCCCAAGUGGGAGCCAGCAACAGAAACAUCUGAGGAGCCCUCGACCCAGUAUCUCCACAUCACAGAGGCCGAAGAAGAUGUUCAGGGGACGCAGGCAGCUGUGGCUGCACUCCAGGACCUGAGAUACACCUCUGAGAAUGGUGACCGGCUCGACCCCACGGCCGUAAACAUCCUGCAGCAGAUCAUCGAGCUGGGCAGUGAGACACAUGAUGCCACCGCCGUUGCCUCCGUGGUUGCCAUGGCACCUGGGACAGUGACCGUGGUGAAGCAGGUCACCGACGAGGAGCCCAGCUCCAACCACACGGUCAUGAUCCAGGAGACCCUCCAGCAAGCCUCUGUGGAGCUGGCCGAGCAGCACCACCUGGUGGUGUCCUCCGAUGACGUGGAGGGCAUCGAGACAGUGACAGUGUACACCCAGGGCGGGGAGGCCUCCGAGUUCAUCGUCUACGUGCAGGAGGCCAUGCCACCCGUGGAGGAGCAAGCCGAGGAGCAACCUGCCCAGGAGCUCUAGGGGCACCAGCAUCACACCGCAGAGCGGCCCUCCUUCUACACUCCUGUCAGUGGCCAGACAGGACCCUCCUGGUCCUCCUUGGGAUGGUUAGGGCGACUGCAUCACCAGCAACCCAGGAGCCCGUUUCCUGGCAUAGGUGCCCCUGUCCCUGCAGCGUCUGCUCUGGAAGGACGUGCAUCAGUGCACCUGCCUCGUCGCCCCUUGCUUCAAGAUCCAGGGACUCUGUCCCCUUCAGCAUCUUUCCCAGUCACAUCUCAGUCCUCAGCCCCCAUCUAGGUGCCCGUCCACAUCUGGCUCCGAUGUGCGGUCUGGGGAAGGGAGACGGCCACCACACAGCAAGUGACCUUACGGUCUUGAGUCCCCACUGGGCGGGUGGGUGGGAUUGUCCUGGUGCUCUCCAGAGCCCUACUGUCCUCACGUGUGGGCGCUCGUGGUCACGUGGAAUAGCCACCACCCCUCAUAGGGCCCAGCUUACCAUCUUGAGAUUCCUUUGCUUUUAGGAAAAAUGCACUUUUACUCUUCACCUGCCGUUGUGAGGCGGCGAGGUGGAUGGAAUAAAAGCAUUCCCUGCC